UAGCGCGUGGGUCAAGUGAAGUGAGGAGGAAAACCAAACUGACCUCCACGCGCAAAACAUGACAUUCAACAUUUCUUCGACAGUUUUCACAUGAUUACCUGCUUUUGAUACUAAAUCUUUCAUUUUUUUUUUUUUUUUUUCUAAAAGUUGUAUUUAUUUAAUCUAAUGGAAUAUUGGUUAUGAGGCGAGAUAUUGGCACGAGCUAAUCGCGUUGGACUGGACGCUUCCCCUUUGGAUACACAGACGCUACGGCGAUGACGACAGAUUUGUUUACUUUGGCACGUGGGCAGACAAAUGACACCUUCCUGACCCAAGGCAAAAAGGUGGACACCAGCACUGCUUUAUGGAUGGACCCUCUUGCCUCCCUUAAUGUAGACGGCAAGUCUUCGGCUAAAAAAAAGCUCCACCGCGACACCAUAAACCUUCCAGGUAUAUGUCCUGUUUUUGCUGAGCAGGCCCAACCUGGAACAAUUUUCUCGCCUGUAUAUGGAUUUUGCAAGAAUCUACCGAAAGAGCUUCAGAGAGUACCCGUUUUCCCUGAAGAUGGAGACAUAGUCACGCCUAGUAAAAAUCCUUCUGAUUUAGGCCUGAAUACUUUCAGUAGUUUCCUGAAACUCCCUUGGAUCAAUCCUUACUUUGAUGCAGCCAUGUACCCAUUUCUUGACAUGGCAUAUAAGGCCGCGCUUCUUUCACAGUCUUCCCCAUCCAUAUACCAGCAGCUAGCAUGCCCAUCUAUGUGCUUAUCUGGUGUUGAAAGCAGCUCACCUGAAGACAGACUUUUCUACUUAGCACCAUACUCUCCUGCAUAUGUUUCUUCCCAAUUGGAAACUUACUUCAGAAUCCACACAUCCACCCAAGCUGCCCUCACAGCCCUGAACAUUUUGCAGGAACCUCUGGUACAUCAAGACCCAUCUGCUUUUAGCGCCUCUUUUCACAAGGAUCCGCUAUCAUCUGCUUUGCAUCUUGAUGAGCGCCAUCUUAACAAAAAUAACGGAGAGUCCUGCCUCUCCACCUCCACCGAGACUGUUCCCAAUAGCCGUACUAGCUCUGCUUGUGAUCCAGUAAACAGUUCAGGCUCUGCCUCAGUGUCGCUUCCAGUUUCGACAACAGUAGCCUCUUGGAAAACUUCAAAAAGAAGCACUUCAUCGUCAAAUGAAAUUGGCAGCCUUAGUUCUAAACUACAUUCGCCGAGACAAACCAACAGCACUAACAACUCUAGCCCACCACGCGACCUGUCUUGUGCUAGCAAAUCAGUAGACCGAAAAGUGAACCAAAUACCUUUGGAUCUUUCUGCCAAGAAGAUUAAAGAAUUGUCAGACGGGUCACAGCCUAAAUUAGAUGUCCUAGCCCAGCUGCAUUAUGGGCUGCCGACUAGCAGAGAGCAAAGCCUAAAAAAGGUUAUUUUUCCUCCGGCGACUAUGUCAGCAAAGAGUUCAGAACUUCCAAAAAUAAUCAACUCUUCACCCUCCACUCUCAACGUGGAUAUUGUUAAACACAUUUUACAGAAUCGAACCUUGCCUGAAACAAAACAAGUUCAGACUGGCAUUCCAUCUUUGCAAAGCUCUCCUGAACAAUUCACUUCUACAAAGUUUGGCCAAAAAAGAGUGUGCGCUGAAAACAGUAGCAUAAGACAAACAUUCUCCGGAACAAAGUUGCUUUCCAAGUUUGAGGAUCAAGACAACCAACCAAAUCUACCAAAAAAACAAAAGCUAGAUGUGGAACCUACUUCCAGACAAAGCCUCACUGGCUCAUAUUUUCCAAAUGGUUUAGGCCACAGCAUAGGCUAUAUUUCAUACUCUAGUUUUAAGAAUAUGUCCUUGCAGGACAUGUCCAUACCAGGCAAAAGACCUGGCCACUUUCAUCCAGAUACACCGGGUAAUUUACCUCCUGUCUUAGCUCACAGAGACCUCAAUAAACUCUCAAACAAGUCUCUGUCAAAAACCUGUAAUGUAGACCAAUACAGAAACCACAAAAGCCAGGAAAAGCUGAACCAGGUCAUGAAACCAGAUCCAGAGCAGAGUGGGAGCACAAGCAAACAGACUUCAAACCAAAUCUCAAAAUCUUUUUGCAAAAUGUUGCCCGGGGUAAAAAAGAACACAGUUCAUGUUGAUGUGCCUUUUGAAGACGUUAAAGAUGAGUUAUCCCUCAAUCAGGAAAAAUGUUUUAUUACCAACGAGCCUUCAGGGCAACAAAGCUCAAAUUCCCCCACACUCCAGCCAACUUUUUAUGACAAGUGUUCUUCACCUCCUCAUUCGAGUGCAGGAAUUCCAGUGGAAGAGGAUUCUCUUACUCCAUCUCAAGACUUCUCUGGCCAGCACACCAUGCAGUGUGCCCGAACUACUCCAGAACAAUUUUCAAAAAAGAAGCAAAAUGGAGGCCCAUGUGGUUCUAAUAACCCAACAAUAGUUGAUCAUGGUCCAAAUGGACUGGAUGGAAAUGAUAAGGAGGACCAGGUCAAUCAGAAUUCCUCCGUAAAUAUCUGUCCAAACAAAGACAGUUGUAACUGCACUAGUCCCACACAAUUACUGACGAGUCCAGCUGUUGGAUGCAACUCUCAAUUAGAUAGUUUUGUUCCAAACGAGGGAGUCAACACGCAAACACCCAACACCCAAACUGAGUCAUGUGUGUCCAUCAACCAAAGAGAACAAAACAUGUUAGACAAAAGUCAAUGCAUUGCUCACAUGCCUGCUGAAUAUGGACGCAAUGUCAAAGGUUUCAUAGAUCAAGAUCAUUUUCUGGGAAAUUAUUCCAGAGGCAUCAUAUUUAGUGAGGUGAAUAUGAACACCCAGGACAUCAUGCAUCACCAGGUUGGUGAGGGUAAGGAUACUACCACCAGCAACCCCAUGGAACCAUUCUGCAGCUCUUUGAAUAGUGGACCAAAUAAUGAAACCGAGGAACUUGGUGUGUUUCAACACAGCUGUAGGAGUCAAGAACUGUUUAAGAUGAAGGAAAACCAGGAAGACGAGACAGAAACGGCAGGGGAGGUUGAGCUGGCAAACGAUCAGUGGUGCGACGCAAGGGGGUGUGAUGGGAGAGGGUUGGAGCUUUGCCAGCAGAGUGAGGGGGGGAUAGGAGACCGCCCUCCUGCACCCCACAUAGAAGCACAGAGAGGUUUGGAUCCCAGCAUGGUGACAAACCGGGAGCACAUGUUCAGCCUGGAGCCAUUUCACCAGAGCACCAUCAGUGGUCGCUGGAUGAAGCGCAGAAGAACAGAAGACGGUGGGAUGAACAAAAUGUUGCACAAUGAUGUAAAUCUGGAGGACAAGAAGGAGCAAAAGAGUUGCAUCGACUUGAAUGGCCCUCGCUUCAAGAAGCCUUGUCUACCUGAUAAUGAUUUGAAAGCAGUGCUUAAGGCCAAAUUCCUGCAACUGCCUGGGUCACCAAAGCGGGUGCCCUCACUCCACGUGGCUGUUCCCUGCUUCCAGGAAAAGCAUCAGAAACUGACGGCAAACAUCAGUCUUUCGUCACUUCUAUCCUCAUCCGACAUCGACCUGGAAAAUUCCACUGGGAAACAUCAUUGCAAGACCAACUACAAAAGUGGGGGAGAUAUAGAAAAUGGUGAUUGGGAAGAGAGAACCGCGCAGCUAAACCUUUCCGUCGAUCCUGCGCCCUCAGAAUUACGUCAUCUAAUUUUGAAUAAACAUGCAGGAGAGACCCUGUUGCUGCAUGCCACCCGACUGGGAGAUGAGGAGGCGGUGCUCAGCUGUCUGCAGCUAAGGCUCUGCAACGUCAACCACACAAACAAUGCUGGUUAUUCUGCCCUGCAUGAGGCCUGUACUCGCGGCUGGCUCGCGAUUGCGCGUCACCUUGUGGAGCAUGGUGCAGACAUCAACUGCAGCACUCAGGACGGAACCAGGCCACUACAUAACGCUGUUGAGAACAAUCAUGUGGAGGUGGUUCGUUUCCUGCUCGCCUGUGGUGCCGACCCAACGCUGACUUCUUACUCUGGACGACAACCCAUAAACAUGACCAACAGUAUUGUCAUGAAAACCUUCUUAGAGGAAUAUCUCGCUGAUCUCCAGGGAAGGUCGGAAGGUGAUUCUGGAGCCUGCUGGGAUUUUUAUGGCAGUUUCGUGUGCGAACCAACCAGUGAGGGUGGGGUUUACAACAUCCUGGCUGACCCCCCUGGGCCUGAAGAUGAGGAGAAAGAGACAGAUCGGCCAGUCAGAAGAGAGGACUUUGAAUUUGAGCUGUCAGACCAACCACUGGUUCCAUGCUACACCCUGCAGGUGUCACCAACACCAGGUCCCAGAAACUGGCUCCUCCUCUCUGAUGUCUUGCAUCGUCUUCAAAUGACACCUUGCACUUUCCGUUGCCUCCCUCCACAUCUUGAAAUUUCCACCAUUUCAGAGACAGAAUUCUACUGUCAGCCAGCGCUGUCGUAGCUCUGGACUAACACUGCUCAACAUGCCUCUUUCAUGCCGGAUGCCAAAAAUUUGCUGAAGCUGGUGGAGGCUACACCUGAACUGGCCGACGUGCUUGGCUCCUCCCUCGAAUUUGUGGACAACUGGGAGCUUCCAGAAACCUCGCCAUCUCCAUCAUCCGCCCCGCCCAUCUCAGUCCCGACACUACAUACAACAGUGGAAAGGAAGGCAGAUGCAAACGGCUUGGUCACACAUAACCAAGUAGCGCUAGGUCCCACACACCUCGAAGAGAAUGCCAAUAUUUUGGAAGCUAAAAAUAAAAACUCUGUAUGUCCGCACAUAAAGAUGAACACUUGUGUGUGGGAAGUGCAGCACUUGCAAAAUAAAGGCACAGUAAACACAAACUGCAGUACCGAGGAGAUCUUGCAAAGUACUGAUAUCUCGGGGAACAUGGAUGCCAACAAAAUGAAUAACCAUGCUGUGAAUGAGGACAGUGCAGACGUUCCCAAAACAGUUGGCAAAGGGUAUCAGAAAUUGAGCCAUAGUGACAACAAACACAAGUGUCAGACCUCCCAUCACCGUGAUGGUCAGACUCCAAAGACCAACGCUACGUGGCGAAGAAAUUCGGCAAAUGUAAGAGUUCACAUCAGGGACUUGAGUAUCGAAUUUACGGAAGGCCUGUCCCAGGGCAGUGUGAUGGAUUACAGCAAAUUGCUCAGAAGGUCACAGUCCAAAGUGACUCAAUGCAAAAAUCAGCCUGGAAAAUGAAAAGUGACAAAUAACAACAAACAAUGCCUUGAAGAUGUGAGUACUCCAAAACAUUUUUGGACCUCGAUGUGGACGAGCAGCCGGUCCAAACUGUACUAGUCGCCAGCCAAUCAUGGACUAACCAACCAACCAACCUGUGUUAAGUCAUUAUUUUACUGGACCUGAUGUAUACAGUAAAUAUUUGAGUGUGCACAUUAUUUAUAUUUCUGUAAAUACUGUAGGUUGUCAGUUCGAUGCAAAAUCUGCUUCAAGUUCUAGAAUGAAGUUUGCCAUUUAUGUGGUUUUGUAUUCUAAUUCCUGUUGAA